AUGACUGACUACUAUGACAUUGGCCUUUUAGAAGAAAACCAGGAGGACACCCCAAAUGUGGAGUGUGUAGGCCAACAAAUUCGAGAAGAUUUUGCUUCUCUUUACAGUAUAAUUAUUACCUUGGAGAAUUUGGAAAUAGUGUUUACGAAGGAUGCCAUCACCCCGGACGCCUUUGAGUCUGCUUCAAACUUACUUCUUCAACAAUGGGAUUCUUGUUUAAAGGACGAGGAUUUAUUGAAAAGAUUUGGCCCUUUGGAAGAUUUCUUUUCGAAAUAUCAGUUACAAUGUCCUCGAGCCAUGAAGCGCAUUCAAGAGCAUUCAGAGAAUGCUACAACUACCAAGGUUUCAUCUACCCUUCCAAAUCACCUUUCCGAGACCAGGGACUCGAAAGUAGAUUCCAAUGAAUUUCUACACGACCGAGAAACCGCUAUCAUUUCUGCACCCUCGACAACCCCUCCUGUUUCUACAGCUAAAUCUAUCGCCGAGCUUGUACAGAAUUUCAUAACCACUUUGGAUGCGAUUCGCUUGAAUUUCGUUGCCAAAGAUCAGUUACAUCCGCUUCUUUCAGAGUUGGUCAUUUGCAUGGACGACCUUACAGAGUUGCUCAAUAAGCAAGUAUCCGGUAGAAGCAAGCUAGUCCAAUGGCUCAUUUUUAUCAAUCAUAUGGAGUCAACGGAUCAACUGAAUGAAGAACAAAAGGAAGAAUUACUGCAAAAUCUCGAAGAAACCUAUUCAGAAUGCUAUGGAUUACUCUAA